GGUGUGGCUUUUCAGCUUUUGAGUUUUAGUAAGGAAAUUCUCUGCAAUGGAGUCAACGUUGACAGGCAGGAAAGAAAGAAAGUAGGAGAGAAAGAGAAGAAAAGGAGUCCAUGUUUGUUUGACAUCAAUGUUUUUGACAGAUUGCUGCAUUAUUCACUUCCCAUGUUCUGGUUAAUAUUCUGCUCAGUUUUUCUGAGGUGUUUAGCUUCCUCAGAAAAUGAAGAGAAGUGUCACGAGUUUACAGAUCUUAAUUUUGGUCAUUCUGUGAUUGGGACUAAACUAAACCUGAAGCUGCUUCUGUAUACAAGAGAAAAUGAAAACUGUGCAAGAAAGCUUGAUCAUGAAAAUGUUACAAUCUCCAGGUUAAAUGUUACUCGAAGAACAACAUUCAUUAUACAUGGAUACAGGCCCACUGGCUCACCUCCUGUCUGGCUUGAUGACAUAGUGAAACUGCUGCUAAUGCUAGAAGACAUGAAUGUGAUUAUUGUUGACUGGAAUGAAGGUGCAACCACAAUAUUAUACAAUGUAGCGGCUGAGAUGACAAAGAAAGUAGCAGACAUUUUAGAAGUGCUUCUGCGGAACAUGGUGAACCAAGGGGCAGCACUUGACCAAAUCCAUAUGAUAGGUGUCAGCCUUGGAGCACAUAUCUCAGGAUUUGUUGGACAAAAAUUUAAAGGUCAGAUUGGGAGAAUCACAGGUCUAGAUCCUGCAGGUCCCCUGUUUAAGGAUAAAAGCAUUGAUGAGAGGUUGGACCCUAGUGAUGCCCAGUUUGUGGAUGUAAUACACACUGACAUUGAUGCUCUAGGAUACAGAGAAUUACUGGGACACAUUGACUUUUAUCCCAAUGGAGGAACUGAUCAACCUGGAUGCCCAAGGACAAUUUUUUCUGGGAAACAAUAUUUGGUAUGUGAUCACCAAAGGUCUGUGUUCCUGUUCCUAAACUCAUUGAAACCAGAAUGCAACAUAACCACAUACCCAUGUGCUUCCUAUAGUGAGUUCCAGAAAGCGGCCUGUACAUCCUGUGAUGCACUUUCUUUGAGCCAGUGUCCAACCCUUGGAUACUGGGUUGAUAAAUGGAAAGAUACUCUUAAAAGUCACCCUCAGACCAAAUUUUACUUUGAUACAACAAGCAAGAUGCCAUUCUGUGUACAUUAUUACUUACUGGAUAUUAUUGUAUGGGGCAAAGUACUACACUGGGGUUUCAUUGAAGUAAAACUGGCAGACAGCUCCGGACAAAUUGUGCAGUCAAUGGAGGACCGUACAGAAGCUAAGUUUGAACAGUACAACCAAGUUACUCUACUUAUCAAAUUUGAUGAAGACUUACAGAAAAUUGCCAAGAUUUUUCUAACAUUUCACACAAACAAUGUAAUAGGACCAAAAUACAAACUCCGAAUCCUAAGGUUGAGAUUGCGACCACUCACACAUCCUGACAGACCUCACCUUUGCAGAUACGACAUUAUUGCAGAAGAGAAUACAGAAGUGUCAUUCAAGCCAAUGCCCUGCCAAAACCUGAAGAUAAACUGACCAGCACUGAGAGUAAUCCUACAAGACUGAGAACACAAAGUCCAGUUACAGACUGUUAAGAUUUAAGGUAUAAAACCUGUGAUACAAAGAAAAGAAACAUUGGCCACUAAGUGGCUGGAUGUAGAAAUGCUUUAUGCAUAUGUGCACUUGUAAUGUAUGAGACAACGAUAUGCUAUAAUGUAACUGCUAUUCUAUAAGUGGUGCGUCUGUGGUGUAUAUUUGUUAUUUUCUAAAAUUUCUUAUCAAUGCCAAAUGUUUACAGCUAUAUGGCAUUUGUAAACAAAUGAAAAAAUGCAUCUGUGUUUUCUUAUUCCCUCCAGUACAGCUCUUUUGGGUGUAUAACUUUAACUCCCAGU